AUGAAUAUACUGGAGCAAUACACAGAUAUAGAUGGUAUUGAUAAGAAUCUUUUUCUGCAUCGAGUUAUAGAAGCCAUAAAGUUUAUGCUUGCAGCUCGAAUGGAUCUUGGAGAUCCUGCGUUUGUUGAGGGGAUAUCUGAAGUUGUGAAAAAUAUGACCUCUAAGAGUUGGGCCCAAAAUAUUCAGGAAAAGAUAUCCGAUGACAAGACUUACCCACCAGAUUAUUACCGCAACAAAUACAAACAGCUCAAGGACGAAGGGACGAGCCACUUCUGUGUAGUGGAUAAAGAUAGAAACGUUGUGUCGAUGACAACAACUGUGAAUCACGCGUUCGGGUCAGGGUUUAUGUCGACUUCAACAUGUAUUAUACUCAACAACCAGAUGGCUGAUUUCUCGAUAACAUCCGAGGAAUCUGCACCACCCGCGAAUUACAUCGAGGCAAACAAGAGGCCUUUGUCUUCCAUGAUGCCUCUAAUCAUCACAAAGCAAGAAUGA